AUAGAACACAGUCAACGACUUUAAAAGAGCGCAAAGAGCUACUAUCGGUGUAGUGAUGAUCAGGAGUCAGGAAAUGGUUAGCGACAUUUUUGGUGACAAAAUGGAGCGAAAAACCAAGAAGGAGCAGAAGAAAAAGAAGAAGCGGGACAAGAUUAUGUCAUCUCCAGAUGUGGUGGUUUCGGCCGCUGCACCUGUUGACGGUGCCAAAUCUUCCUCCUCUUCCUUUUCCUGGAAACCCAAAUUUCCAUCUCUGCGCCGGGCUUUCCGCAGAAUGCUAUCUCUGAUUCUGCCGUGUGUGUCCUCCUCUGAGGUGGACGAGUCCAUUGAGACUCAGUCAACCAGCCUCGACACACACACUGAUGCUUCUUCCUCAUCUGCGGUCAGUGGAUCCUCUGAUCCAGAGCUUGAUCUGCAGCCUGCGAUCCAUGAGGAAGAAGCAAUCAGAGAUGUAGCUGAAGAGCAGAGCUCCGCUUCCUGCCCUGAGGAGACUUCCACUUCCACAUCCACAGACAGCAGAACUUCAGAUCUGCUGGAUGCAUCCUUGGAAAUGGAAGUUAUCGGAGAGUCGAGCACCUCCAACAGCGCUGAUGGUUCUUCCUCAUCUGCUGAAAGCAAACCAUCAGAUCUGGAGACCAGCGCUGUGGGUGCUUCCUCCUCCGAAGAGAGCGAGACUGAUCUGCUGGCUGAACUUCAGGCCGCAGCGGUUCUUGAAGAUGCAGCCGGAGAUCAAGCUCAAGUCUCUAAUGUGGAUCUUGACUGCGUUCUCGGUGUGCUGGCCAGUAUGACGGCGCAGUCCAACGGUCUGUCCCAGACUGAAAUACUGCAGCUCAUCCAGGGCAGUUCACAGCGGGAGCAGAUCGAGCAGCAGAGCAGCCGGAGCGACACGGAGGAUGAUGUAGAGCCUGCUGAUGUUGUGUCCACAGCAUUGCCAGCUAAAAUCAAGCACUUGGGUUUUCCCAAUUUAGGAAACACUUGCUACAUGAACUCCGUGCUGCAGUGCCUCCUCACCACUUCCCCGUUCCGGGACGAUGUACUUUCCCAGCGGGAGCAGUGGAAUGAGGGAAGCACAAUGCUCAGGGCACUUACUGACCUGCAUAAGACCAGACUGACAGGCAAUGACAAGAAGCUGAAGGCGAAGCUCUUGUCUAAAGUAAAGGCCUGCAUUGAAACUCGCCAUCCAGAUUUCUGGGGAGACCAUCAGCAGGACGCCCAUGAGUUCCUGAUGGUUUGUCUGUCCCAUCUGAAGGAGGAGGGCGAGCUUCUCCAGAGCUACUGGCCUAAAUACACCUGCCCAGUAGCCAAUAUGGAGUUCCAGCUCAACCGCCUGCGCACCUGCGACAGCUGUGGCUUCCAGAAGACCUUCAGAGAGGAUUGCAACUACCUCUCGCUGGUCAUCAGCCCUCGAGGAUGCCUCAUAGACAGCCUGCAGCAGUACUUCAAAACAUCUUCACUUGACUGCUCAUGCAGCGAGUGUGCCGGCACAACAGCCUCGGAGGCGCUGGAAUUAAUCACAUUUCCUCGGAUUCUGGUACUUCUAGUAAUGCGGUUUGACAUUAGAUCCUCAAUGUGCAAAGUCAAGGAUCGACUGGAAGUACCAGGAGAGUUUUCACUGUCCUGCAGUACAGGUGGAAGCAUCACCGUACAAAUUAGCUGGUGUGGUUUCACAUCUGGGCAGCAGUUUGUAUUGUGGGCAUUACAUCAGUCACAUACGUGACAUCACUGGAUCCGGAUGGCUUGAAUGUAGUGAUACCAGCAUCACAAGAACCAGCUGGGCAAAGGCAUCAAAUACUUUUGGGAAGAACGGAUACAUGCUCUUCUACGUGAAAAGGUCCAGGAUUUUCCUCUGGUUCUCUACGUCUCUAGAGCGGCGUCGCCCGCCAGCCUUUAUAAUAAAUACAUCAGUUCAGAGUUUUUAUCGCCACAAAUCUAUUUAUGGUGUUUACUGGCACACGGUGACAUUCGUGUGAAUGACUAGCUGACAGAAGAGGCGAUGCGAAAGUGAAGUAACGUUAACCUGUAAAUCCAGGUGACAUCUGAAUAAACGGUUUAUUAAUUCCUCACCAUCCAGAUCAGCUGGUAUAAAUGGAAGGUGUGUGUGAAUAUGAAACAAUGGCAAUAUGACAAAGCAGAAGUCAGUGUGUGUGUGUAUUGUCUCAGCUCUGUGUUUCUGCUGCAGGGGAAAAGAGCCAAAUAAGGCAGAGCGUGUUUCUCUGCUGUCGUGAAACAGAAAACAGCCAGCGGGGUUUACUUUGGAAUUAAGCUAAUAAAGACUUGAUUGAGAUUCUUAUCAAAUAUAGUAAUAAAAAAAAACAUCCACAUGAAUUAUUGAGUUUUAUUUGGAAUAAAACACAUUCUUAUGUCGUGAUCUGAUGAUGUGAUAAAACAAAUCAAUUAUACUGUACUUCAUGAACUUCAAAUAUGUUCUAAAAAAUGUUUGAAGAACAUUUCCCAUGAAAGGAUUAGUUCACUUCAGAAUUAAAAUGUCCUGAUAAUUUACUCACCCCCAUGUCAUCCAAGAUGUUCAUGUCUUUCUUUCUUCAGUCGAAAA